CUUCGCCAUGUAAUUCUUCCUAAAAUUGUGUUUAAAUAAUAGUGUAGUGACUGUUCCUUGUAUUUAGCUUUCCCAGGUCUGGCAUGCUUUGCUGCUAACAUCUUCCUCUUGCCUAACUCAGCUACUACAUUUGAUACCACGCUACCAUUCUGAUUCUCCUCCCACUGCACGGUCACGCAUAACUACACAAAGUGAUGUGAAAGAUGAACAGCUCUUAAAAAGACAAGAAAGGAAAAUGAAUGAAUGAAGUAUGAAAAAUGCCAAGUGUGGACAGUGUGAGAGUGGCUGCCCGUGUUAGAGCCUUUAACCAGACUGAGAAAGACGCAGGAUGUGGUUGCAUCAUCUCCAUGGCUUUAAACAGCAUCACAAUUUGGAACCCCAGAAAUCGGAGCGACACUAAAACAUUCACUUUUGACCUGGCCUACUGGUCACACAGUGGAUUUAUUAAGAAUGAGGAAGGAAUUCUUGUCCCUGAUGGACCUACCAGCAAAUAUGCCGACCAGAGAAUGGUGUUCGAUGAUCUGGGCCAAGAAUUGUUGAGCAAUGCAUGGCAGGGAUACAACACUACACUGUUGGCCUAUGGACAGACUGGCUCAGGAAAAAGUUACUCCAUGAUUGGCUAUGGAAAAAACAGAGGAAUAAUCCCAUUAAUUUGUGACGAGUUGUUCAAAGCAAUUAAACAAGAACAAGAACGCGAUAAACAGUACCAGAUUUAUUUCAGCAUGCUGGAAAUCUACAAUGAAAAGGUGAUUGACUUAUUAUCUAAAAGUAAACAGUCUGGGGGUCUGAGAGUGCGAGAAAGCUCACAAAGAGGCUUCUACGUGGAAGAUAUGAAGUCGGUGCCUUGUGAAAACUACGAGCAAAUUGAACAGUUGAUGAAGGAAGGAACCAGGAAGAGGAGUACAACAUCCACCAAUAUCAAUAUGACCAGCAGUCGUUCACACAUGAUCAUCACUGUCCAGUUCAAGCAGGUAUUUUUAAAAGAACACCGAACUAAACAGUCCAACAUAAACUUGGUGGAUUUGGCAGGCAGCGAGCGGCAGAAGUCCUCGGGUUCUGAAGGGGAUCGCCUGAGAGAGGGAACAGCCAUCAACCUCAGCCUGACCACUCUGGGUAACGUCAUCAGUGCCUUGGCAGAAAUAGCGAUGGGGAAGAAGAUGCUUUACGUGCCUUACAGGAACUCCACGCUUACUAAACUACUGCAGCCUGCACUGGGUGGAAACAGUAAGACUUUAAUGAUUGCAACAGUCAGUCCAGCUGAUAUCUGUUAUGAGGAAACUCUAUCAACAUUACGUUAUGCUGAAAGGACAAAAAAUAUCCAGAACAAGGCCAUGAUAAAUGAAAAUCCAACGGAGCGACUCAUUCAAGAGCUGAAGGCAGAGAAUACCAAGCUGCAAUUAAAGAUCUCUAAGAUUAGAAACUCUGGACAAAUGGUGGAGGAGGAAGUGGCGGAGUUACGGCACCUCUUGGUUGAGAAUGAGGUCCAGAUGCUGGAGAUUCAGACAUCCUGGGAGCAACGUCUUGAGAAAGCACAGAAAGAAUGGAAACAUCAAUACUCAAACCUGAUGCAGGAACAGCUCAUGAUUCAGUUAUUCCCCUAUCUGUCGAAUGUCAACGUGGAUCCACAGCUCUCUGCCUUGGUCAGGCAUUUCAUCCAGCAUGGCGAGUGUGUCGUGGGACAAUCCGGAAGUUUCCCACGAGCAAUUAUUAUUAAAGGCUUAGGUAUUGCUGAUAAACAUGCCAUCAUCACAAACCAGGACAGCAAAGUAACGCUGGAGCCACAUGGACAGGCCAGAGUGAUUUUAAAUGGGGUCCUCGUUCGUACUAAAGUUCAGCUUAGACAUUUGGACCGACUUAUUCUGGGAUCCAACAGCACUUAUCUUUAUGUGGGAUAUCCAUGCGAACGCAAUGAUGAGGAAUUGAGCAGAUAUGACUAUGAUUUUUUCCAGUCGGAGUUGGCAGCAGUAGAAGGCUUUGACAGAGAUGCUCUGGGUCACAACAGAAGUGUAGACCCAAGUGUGCUUGCUGUGUUCCAAGAUUACAUCAGAGUGAAACCAAUGGUGGCAGAAGCAAACCAGAUCAGUAGAGAGUUAAAUAAGGAUCUAAGCUUUGAACUGGAAGUGAAAAAUUUGGCUUUAACAGACUCAAGAGGCUCUGACCUGGCAAAGGAAGUGAUAGUGAAGGUGACAAACAAAGUAACUGAUCAGAUAUGGUUCUGGUCAAAAGCCAAGUUUGUGAACAGGAAGUUCAUCAUGGAAGACGUGUAUCAGCGUUUUGUUGAUGGGGAGAAUAUUUCUGUGGACAGAGAGAGUGAUCCAUUCUGGGAUCCUAUUGAAGCUGUUCACUUAGGUACAGCUUACGUCUGGCUCCAGUCUCUGAACUACUGUAUUGCACUAGAGGAACAUGUGGAGUUUCAUAAUUCCCAGGGAAAAGAAGAGGCUACUUUACAGAUGAACCUGGUACCAUGCAACCCAAGCGGACAAAAUCUGGGUGAAGAGGAGGUGCUUAUUGAUCCCACUGAGUUGGUGGGGCACAGGCUGGAUUUUCAAGUUCAGAUAACUCAAUGCCUAGGGAUCAAAUGGCUGAAACAGAACAUCAAAAGAGGAAUUCAGAUUUUAUAUCAUGCACUGAACCAUCCAUAUGCUUUCCACUCGGACCCUGUUUGGAACACAGUAAAUGCAAGAAUUGAUCACAUGAUGCAGUUCACUGUCAAGUGUGUGUCACAGGAGUUACUAAACUAUCUGCAAAAUCAUGCCCUGGUUCUGCAACUCUGGGGUUUACAAGAAGGUUGUAUGGAAAUGGUCUUUCCUGGUGAUUUUGAGAUUACUGAUGAAGGCAGUAUAAUUAUAGAUUAUAGCGACGAGAGAUCGCAGCUACCCCGUAGUAGUGGUAGCGGGGAGGUGAGAGAUGACCAGCUCUCUGAACUUUACAUUAAGUUAUCAAAGUUGGAGCAAGAGACUGAUCUGUUGAGGGACAUCAACGGAACCUUAAGAAAGGACAAUGUCAGCUUGAAGGCCACCAUAAAGAAAAUGAUGAAUGAUGCCUCAAGACCUGGAGAGAAAUCUUUCCAGCAAAUGAAUGCACAUCUCUUAUGCUGGAGGAGCACAUCGAAGGUCAGCUGUGAGGUUGACUUUGCUAAGGCACUGAAAACAUUUUACAAAAGUAUAAACAGAGUGCAAAGCCAACUAUUAGAACUGAGGUGCCAUCAACCACCGGAGGAUGAUGAUGUGGAAUCACUGCGGAUACAUCUCCACAAGCAAACUCAAGGGAUAAAGGAUUUCGGGGAUCACCUUGAAUCUUGCAUAAAUGCACUGAAAAAUGAUGUCAGUGUCAUUGUUAAGAAAAAAAAAGGAGAGCACUGCAAGACCAGAUGAAGCCAGGCUCUGUACUAUCAAAUGAAUCCACUCUGGGGUUGGAAAAAGAAUGACGAGCUGAUGUGAAACAUUUCUAUUUCAAUAAAGUAUAUCCAGAU